GCAGAGAAGGGGCCUCGGCUCCAUACCGGGAGGCGGCGGCAACCUGCGAGAGCGCCACCUUCUGCUCCGGAGGCCCCAGAUCCGGAAUUGGACGUGGAUUGGAUUAACGAGACGGCGGAGUGGGAGGUUGACCCCCCUCCCCGCCCCUUUUAGAAAGGGCGCCCGACCAAUCACAGAGGCCGGCUCAGAGUCCUAGAGGACUUAUCAGGAAGAAUCAACUUUACCAGUACCAUUCAAUGGGCAUAUGGAUAUGUACGCAAAUGAAUCUUUAGUACUGAAAGAGAGCUAAUCUAUUUGAGUAUCUGUGGUUUUGAUUUAAUUUGCCACUUCAACAAAUACACACCCCAAUUUCCCCAAGGAGAAAUACGCUCACAUAUUUCCUUAGUAUGUGAUGCAAUGAGAAACGGCAUAUUUUGCUUCUGACUUGAGAUGAAAUGAUCAAUCAAGACAAUGAGAUAUACAAAGCAAGAGUUUGCUACGAUGGUUCUUGGAAUGGUGGUUUAUGUUGCGGAUGUUGGAGCAGAUCUCUGGGCAGCAAACAAAUAUUUCCAUGAGGGACAGUACCUCUGGUGUGCCUUGACCCUGGCCACAGGGCUUCUUUCAUCACUAGUUGUCCAAUAUUUCAGUUACACUUGGUUUAAAGAUGAUGGCACUGACCAGCUGAGUUGGAUUUCUUCAUUACAUCUCUUACAAGCUGGAAUAUUUACAAGGUACUGGGUUGCACUGAAAUGUGGCUACCAGGCAGCAUUUAAAACGAACAACUCAGAAGAUGGCUUGAUUGAUGGUUGCACCAGCCCCAUUCACAAGAGUGCCAUUUGUGCAAUGACUGAUAUAAGUAUGCUCAGACUAUUUAAGGCAUUUCUGGAAAGCACACCCCAGCUCAUUCUUCAGAUCUACAUCCUGAUGACAUGUGACAGUUCUACCCCCAGUCAGUAUGUAACCAUUGCAACGUCUUUCUGCAGCAUUUCCUGUGCAACUGUGGACUAUCAGAUAGCUUUACGAAAAUCCCUGCCUGAGAAAAAGAACUUUCCAGGGAUAUUUUCCAAAUUAAUGUAUCUUUUCUAUAAACUGUUGACUUUGACUUCUUGGAUACUCUGCAUCGCUCUGGUCACCAUACUAAGUAUAGCGUCUCUUGUUCUACUUGUGUUUCUUUGGCUUUUGAGUAUAUGUUGGGUCCUGAAGCAACACACGGCAUUUUGUACAUCUAAAGGACCAGAAAUUGUCUACAGGACUAUUGUGGGAAUCAUUCUUAUUUUUACCUUUUUUAAUGUCAAGGGAGAAAAGACCAAAAUACCUCUGACUGUUUAUUAUACUGCUCGGGGGUUUAUAACUGCAACAAUAGUGUGUGUUUGCAUGUCCUGCAAAUCAGUGUUUAAUGGGAAAAUACAUUUGUUAUCUGUAAUCAUGGUGGUCGUUAUCACCCUAAUAUUGGGCAUUAUUUUUCUUAUUUCAUAUUAUGCAUUUUUUCAUCCUAGGAAUUUUUACACACAAGAUGUAGUUGAUGGACCAGGAAUUUAUUACGCACAAGAUGUAGUUGAUGGACCAGGAAUUUAUUACACACAAGAGGUAAUUGAUGGACCAGGAAGCGAAAGGACAGAAAACUGUAGAAUGAGGGGGUUCCUGAUGCAAUAAAUCUCACGACAAUUAUCCGUUGCUGCUGCUAUGCUUCUUUUUAUUUAAUAAGAUAUGAUAGCCAUCUUCAAAUAUCUAAAGGGCUGCCACAUGGAGGAUGGAGCAAGCUUGUUUUCUCCUGUUCCGGAGGCUAGGACCUGAACCAGUGGCUUCAAGUUACAAGAAUAGAGAUUCCAACUAAAGAUCAGGAAUGAUUUCCUGACAGUAAGAGCUGUUGGACAGUGGAACAGACUCCCACGAGAGCAGGUGGUCUCUCCUUCCUUGGAGGUUUUUAAAUAGAGGUUGGAUGGCCAUUUCAUAUGUGUGAUCUAGUUGAGAUUCCUGAAUUGCAAGGGGGUGAACUAGAUUACCCUUGGGGUAUCUUCCAUCUCUAGGAUUCUAUGAUUCCCUCAGUGCAAAAAGUCACUGAUGCAGUUGUAGUGCAUUGGAGGUCGAUUUAUACUGGGCCAUCCUGUUUUAUUAGUAGUUCUAUGAUGCUUCCCCAAUGUUUCCACAUUAUUUGUGUCUGGGUGAGUGCUCUUGCAUAUAAUACAACACCAGUUGAAAGAUAACCCAGAACAACUGUGGCAUAUGAAAAGUUACGAGGAUUUCAGCAGGAAGCUGCAGGACAUGCACGGAUUGGAAACAAAGGACCCUGAAACUUUGGCAGAAUUGAAAGUGUGAUCACAUACAACUAGUACGCCAAUAUCAUAAUGAGCCCAAAUCAAGAAUGAACAAUAAAAUACAUUUGGAAGGCUCCCGAGUUCAUUAGACUUGCAGGCUUGCUUUGCUCCUUGUCAUUCAGGUAGGAACUAUAACUAAAUCCUUUCAGUGACUUCAUCUGGAGGGGAAAAUGCAACCUUUCUUUCAGUUUGGUCUUGACAACUUCAUUCAUGCCUUUUAAUGCCAAGACUUGAUUGCAGGAAUGUUUUCUACAGUGUGUUUUGCCUGAAGAUUGCAGCUGAUGCAGAAUAAUCUGGACAGUGCAUUAGUAAUCCAGGAUGUUCAAUGGUUUCUUAUGCCCUUAUAAUACAUCGUAAUUUGUGAUGCUAGUUUUAAUCUGUGAAUAUGUGAACACCUUGAGCCUUACAUGACUUUUCUGUGAAAUGUCAUGUUCAUGGCAGGCUGGCAUUUCCUGGCUGGAAUUAUUGUAUGUACAAAGCAAUUUUCAGCUAUGGUAUAAUGAGCCUUCAUAUCUAUAUCAUUUUAUUUUAUAAAAAAAUUCCUUCAGUAGCACCUUAAAGACCAACUAAGUUUAUAUUUUGGUAUGAGCUUUCGUGUGCAUGCACACUUCUUCAGAUACACUAGAAACAGA